AAAGAGGUCGCGGCCAAACCAGGUGCUUGAGGCCCGCUCCUUUCCACAGUCUUCGUCCAGUCGACGGUGCAGCAACAUGUUCCGCAGCCUUCUCGUUGUCUGCGCCCUUGUGGCGGCCGCUUAUGCUGCCGACAACUAUGCUUUCAACCAAAUCGACGAGUUAGUCGCUCGCAUCAAAGUCUGCCUGAAGCCUGUGCCCGAGCGUGGCUUCAGCUAUCCCGCUACGGAUUGCAUGUACAAAGCCCGGGACAAUUUGAGGAGCGUCUACUCGAAGGAGUCUCAGGCUGAUUUCAUCGCCUCGUGCCUGGCGAACUACAGGGACCCCGUCAAGGCCGACAUCGUGGCCACCGCCAAGCAGUGCCUCACCGAGUCCCUGGCCAAGCCCGUCAAGCCUGCGCUCAAGAAGGCGACCUACUCCUCGCGGCAGCGAGAGGAGAUCGGCAGCCGCAUCAAGGCGUGCCAGGCCGGCAUCGUCGACACCAACACCUUCAGCCCCGCCGCCGACUGCCGCAACAACGCGCUCAUCGAGGCCCAGAACGGAUACCCCAAGGAGUCCCUGGUCGACUUCAUCGUGCCUUGCCUCACCGGCAAGAACAUCGACGCUGCGCUCGUCGCCCAGGCGCAGGCGUGCAUCGUCGCCUCCCUGGCCAAGCCUCUCCGCACCCGAUAACUCAUGGCACCAACGUGAUGAAAUCUGUCUUCAGAGGGCAGCAGUUACUGAGAAUAAAAGAGUCUCCACCCUCUAAAU